AUGUCGAUUCUUGUUAACGGUAGUCCCACAAAAGAAUUUAUUGUGGAAAGGGGUCUAAGGCAAGGAGAUCCAAUCUCUCCUUUUCUCUUUGUAAUUGUAGCGGAAGGGCUUAGGGCUUUGGUGGGAAAGGCGGUGGAAAAUGGAGAUUUUGUUGGUUUCAAUGUGAACGGGAGAUGUGGAAUAGAUAUCCUCCAAUUUGCGGACGAUACUCUUUUAUUAGGCGACGGAAGUUGGAACCAUCUAUGGGCUUUGAAAGCGGUGUUGAGGGGUUUCGAAAUGAUGUCGGGCCUUAGAAUCAAUUACCAUAAAAGUAACGGUUUUUCGACCUCCUUUUGGCAUGCUCGUUGGUUGAAAGAAGGCAUUCUAAAAGAUCUUUUCCCGGAUUUGUAUAGCAUCUCUCUUCUUAAAGAGGCUUCAAUUGGUGCGAUGGGGGGUGGAAAAAUGCAUGCUGCCAAUGUGGGGGCCGCGGCUGUUUCUCCCUCCUUCAAUACUGAUGCAGCCGUAGCAGCUAGUGAAGAAAACAGAGGCGUGCAGCUUAGCAACAGUGGCUGGAGUAUGGGCCAUUUCCAUUCGAGACAGGCGGAUCUUCGUGAGACUCUGUGUUCGGCAGUUGUUCUUCAUGCGGAUAGGCACGACACGGCUACUUGGACUCUUGAGGAAAAUGGUAUUUUUACGGUUUCUUCUUGCUGCAAUUUUCUAAAAAAUAGGCGUUCUCCCUUAGGCCCGGCAAAUCGUUUUGAUUCGGUGUUCAAAGACAUUUGGAAGGCGGAGGUUCCAAUUAAAGUCAAAGCUUUUGGUUGGCGUAGCUUCCUCAACAAAAUUCCAACCAAAGAUUCGCUUUUGAAAAGAGGUAUUAUUAUUUCUUCAAAUGCUAAUUGUGUUCUUUGUGAGGAAACAAGCGAAACCUUGACCCAUUCUUUUUUGAGAUGUCGGUAUGUCGAUAUUGUUUGGAAGAAAAUGGCCGAAUGGAUCGGAAUGACUUAUAGUUGUAUUGGAGAUUUGAAGGAGAAUUUUUUCUUUUGGAGUGAUUUUUGUAGAUCGAAGAAGGUUAAAAAAGGGAAGGAAGGAACCAUUUGGCUCGCCAUUCUUUGGAGCAUUUGGUUACGUAGGAACGAUAUAGUUUUCAACAACUCGUCUUGGAACUCUAGAGACGUAGUUUGGAGUUGUAAAGCUCUAAUUUGGAGGUGGUCGUAUAUCGGGAAAAUUACUCGGGCCAAUUGUAAUUUCUACGAGUUUAGCAAUAGCCCAUUGUUUUACUUAAGUUAG